AUGCCUUCAAUAGAAGAUGAGCUGUUUCCGUCAACGCCUGGUAAAUUCAAGAUUGACCGGUCAAACCGACAACUCCACCGAUGUUUUGCCUCAACGAGCACCAUGUUCUUAUGGGCUCUCUUCUUAAUCGCUCUAACCGCUUCUUACUUAAGUUUCCAAAGCUUCGUCGAUUCCGGUAGCCGUUACCUCACCGCUUCAUGGGGAGGAAUCCAAUGGGAGAAACAAGUCCGUACCUCCGCUCAGAUCCAUCGUUCCGGUGGUGUCUCCGUUCUAGUCACCGGAGCAACCGGUUUCGUCGGUAGCCAUGUCUCACUCGCGUUACGAAAACGCGGCGAUGGAGUCGUGGGUCUCGAUAAUUUCAACAAUUACUACGACCCGUCAUUGAAACGUGCUCGAAGAUCGCUACUUUCGUCGAGAGGGAUCUUCGUCGUUGAAGGAGAUCUAAACGAUGGUAAGCUUUUAUCGAAGCUUUUCGAUGUUGUUGCUUUUACUCAUGUGAUGCAUUUAGCUGCUCAAGCUGGAGUUAGAUACGCUUUAGAGAAUCCUCAGUCGUAUGUACACAGUAACAUCGCCGGACUUGUGAAUCUACUCGAGAUUUGUAAAUCGGCGAAUCCUCAACCGGCGAUUGUUUGGGCUUCUUCGAGCUCUGUUUAUGGACUCAACGAGAAAGUUCCGUUCUCUGAAUCUGACCGGACUGACCAACCGGCGAGUCUCUACGCCGCGACGAAGAAAGCCGGAGAAGAAAUCACGCAUACGUAUAACCAUAUCUACGGUUUAUCGAUAACCGGUUUAAGAUUCUUCACGGUUUACGGUCCUUGGGGUAGACCGGACAUGGCGUAUUUCUCCUUUACAAGAAACAUUCUUCAAGGUAAACCGAUCACGAUCUACCGUGGUAAAAACCGGGUUGAUUUAGCUCGGGAUUUUACUUACAUCGACGAUAUAGUCAAAGGGUGUUUAGGAUCUUUGGAUUCUUCGGGUAAAAGUACCGGUUCGGGUGGUAAGAAACGUGGAGCAGCACCGUACCGGAUCUUUAACCUUGGGAAUACAUCUCCGGUUACUGUACCGAUUCUGGUUGAUAUAUUGGAGAAACAUUUGAAAGUGAAAGCAAAGAGAAACUUCGUGGAGAUGCCUGGAAACGGCGACGUUCCGUUCACGCACGCGAAUAUUAGCUCAGCACGAAAUGAAUUCGGGUAUAAACCAACGACCGAUUUGGAAACCGGUUUGAAAAAAUUCGUUAGAUGGUAUCUUUCUUAUUACGGAUACAAUACUAAAGCCAAGCUUGUACAUUAA